GGCGGUGCCUAGUGACGUCAAAAUCUCAAGGUUGAAUGGUCCUUUGGGUGGUUCACCGGUGAGGUCGCGGACCUCGGAGAGAGGUCAUCUUUCUCCCGCGAGUAUAAAGCACAGUCGCCUUCCCCUCGCGGGGUUCAGAGACCCAAGCCGCCGCCACGUCUGCACCCCAGCCCAGCGCAGCCACGUGAGACGGUCCAUACACACCCCGCCCCGGAGCGGCGCGCGCAGCCCCCGAUGCCUCGCGUGACUCGGCGAGAGCGCGCGCGAGGUUAGGGCUCAUUCCACUUCCGACGGUGCUCAAUUCAGGUUCCGGGGCGUCGCGGAGGUCGGGCCUCCGGCUUCGCCCGCGGCGCUCGGGGGACUCGGGCCCCGCGCCACGGGCGGACAGAAUGGAGGAAGCCGGAGCGGCUGUGGUCGCCGCCGGGGAAACCGAACUGAACUUGUCGCGCCUCAGCGUGUCCCUCGAGAUGCUGGAGUCGGAGCUGGAGGUGCGGGGCGAGGAAAGGCGCGGCUCCCGGGAAACGAUUCUGCGGCUGCUGCUGCCCCACAACCGACUGGUGUCGCUGCCGCGGGCGCUGGGCAAUGGCUUCCCGCACCUCCAGCUGCUGGACGUGAGCGGCAACGCGUUGACCGCGCUGGGGUCCGAGCUGCUCGGGCUGCGCUGCCUGCGCGUUCUGCUGGCCAAGAACAACAGGUUGGGCGGGCCCGGAGCCCUGCCCAAGGGCCUGGCUCAGUCGCCUCUGAGCCGCAGCCUCCAGGUGCUCAACCUCAGCGGCAACUGCUUCCUGGAGGUGCCGGCCUCGGUGCUGGAGCUGCGCGCCCUGCAGACCCUCAGCCUGGGCGGCAACCAGCUGCAGAGCAUCCCGGCCGAGAUCGAAAAUUUGCAGAGUCUAGAGUGUUUAUAUCUUGGAGGAAACUUCAUCAAAGAAAUUCCACCAGAAUUAGCAAAUCUGCCUUCUCUAAAUUACUUGGUAUUAUGUGACAACAAAAUCCAAAGUGUGCCACCCCAGCUUUCACAAUUACAUUCCCUGCGUUCUCUCAGUCUUCAUAAUAACUUGCUAACCUACCUGCCUCGUGAGAUCCUCAGCCUUAUCCAUUUGGAAGAACUGAGUUUGCGAGGAAAUCCACUGGUUGUUCGUUUUGUUAGAGAUUUAACCUAUGACCCUCCAAGUCUUCUGGAAUUAGCUGCACGGACCAUUAAAAUUCGAAAUAUUUCCUAUACUCCCUAUGAUCUCCCUGGGAAUCUACUUAGGUACUUGAGUUUAGCCAGUAAUUGCCCAAACCCAAAGUGUGGAGGAGUCUACUUUGACUGUUGUGUCAGACAAAUCAAAUUUGUGGACUUCUGUGGGAAGUACCGCCUCCCUCUGAUGCAUUACUUGUGUUCUCCAGAGUGCUCUUCACCUUGCGGUUCUGCCUCUCAUAGCUCCACAUCCCAGAGUGAAUCUGACUCGGAGGAUGAAGCUAGUGUUGCUGCACACAGAAUGCAGAAAGUUCUUCUUGGUUAAAAAAGAGUGUGGGGUGGCAUGAAAUAGUAAGAGACUGACCAAAGAGGAUUAGGGAGAGAAAAAAAAAGGCUUUGGAGUUCCUUAAAAAGCUUUCUUUCAUGUACUUACUUACAUUUUUAAUGUCCACGAGUAUGUUGGAGAUUAUGUAAAACAGUUUAUAUUUCACUUAUUUAGUUACCAGGAGUGAUUUAAUUUCCACAUUUGGAUUCUUUGAAUGUACUUCAUUCUGAGUGACAGUUUGAAAUAUGACUGCUUGUUGCAGUUUUCACUCAAACGUCACAUAGAUCACACAGCAGAAUGGAAAAUUCUAAAGAGCAGUGCUAUAAUAAAUCAUGAAUAUGACAUCGUGCAGUGAAGAAAACAAUUAUCUAAGCUGAAAUUACUACCAGUUGCCCUUGGUUUUAGAUUGGACCACUGUACCAUAUUUGGAUUAGCUCUCCCUUCUUGUAUUACUUGAAUAUCUAGAUCACAGAGCUUUUCUUUCUUUUUUCUUUUCUUUUCUUUUUUUUUCCUUUUUGCCUCUAGGAUUAUUGUAGGGGCUCAUUGCCUGCACUAUGAAUCUAUUCCUCCUGGAAGCCAAUUUUUCCCAUUUUGUUGCCAUUGUUAUUGUUGCCAUUGUUAUUGUUGUUGGAUAGGACCUAGAGAAAUUGAGAGUGGAGGGGAAGACAGAGAAGGGGAGAUAAAGAUAAGCACCGCAGACCUGUUUCACUCCCUGUGAUGCAAUCCCUCUACAAGUGGGGAGCCAGGGGCUCCAACUGGGAUCCUUAUGCCGGUCCUUGGGCUUUGCGCCAUGUGCACUUAACCCUCUGUGCUACUGCCCAGCCCCGAUCACAGGGCUUUUCAAAUAAAUUUACAGUUAAUCAUAUUAGGACCUAAACUUUUCUGCCCUAAUUGGUAAAGUAAGCGAUAGGAUUUUUAUGUGUAAUCUUAAAGUUCUUUCAUUCCGUUCUGUACCUUCAUUUUGUGUAACUAUUGUUACAUUACUUAGUCCAGCAAGGAUUGUUACAGUGCCUUAAUUCCAGUAAGAAUUUAAACUUUUUUAUUUUUUGUUGUCAACUGGAACUUUACCACUCCAGGAUGAUUCUUUCCCCUCACUCCUUAUAAUAGAGAUAGAGAGACAGAUACCACAAUAGCUUCCUUCAGUAUAGUUGGGGCCUGGGUCAUGUGCAUGACAAAGCAAGCUCAGCAUCACAGUGCUUGCCAGCCUAGACACAGAAAUUUUUAAAGAAACUUUGGGACAUUUUAAAAUAUGCUUUAAUAAAUGUAGGCAAACAAUUCUAUAUCUGAGGUUAAUUUUUGUUGUUUCAAGUAAAUUACUUUUGUACAUAAUGAGGGACUCCAGUUUUUAUCAGUCUAUUCAUUAUAGGAGAGAAUAAUCUUUCUAGGAAAAUGAGAUCUCUUUUCAGAAAAAACUUAUAUAAACUAGGAAAAUUAUUUAUAUUUUAUAGUAAAGGAGUGGGAAAAUUAUUUAUUUUUUUAAUUUCAAGUUACCUGUAUGUACUAAACUGUAAUCUAUGUUCUGUACACAAACAUUAUCAUAUAUCAAAUAAAACAAGGGCAGCAGUUAUGCUUGUGUAUAGUAGGAUAGUUAAUAACAUGGAAUACAUUGUGAAAAUAACAAUAUUAAAAUUUAAAAAUAGAUACCCUUAAAAUAUAACAGAAAAAUGUUUAAAAAUUAACUUGUUAUUAGAAAUGACCAAUUCUUAACUAGCUUAUCUACAAUAAAAGUUAGAUGAUAGUACCCAUAUAAGUUAAUGUUAUAAAAUACACAGCACAUACUAGUAGUCAAAUAAUUCACCUAUAGUGACAUGAUGAAUUGUUGGUACAUGUUACUUAGAUAGUAGUGCACAGGUCAGAAAUAAAACAUCAGGUAAUUUCUCUUAUGGAAUACAGGCACUCAUAACUGAACACACCAGUUCUUAAAAGCAGAUUGUUGUAUAAUAGUGUUGUGUACAUAUGUUAGUUUUACAUAUAUAUUAUUUUUAUUCUAGAAGAAGAUAUACAUAGGAUAGUUUGGGGCUUGUGUCCUGUAUGUUAAUUCAUGAAACACAAGAGUUUCAUGAUUGCAGUUGUGAAACGCUGCUAAAAGGUGAAUUCCUUCACCUUGUACAGUAGAGUAAUAUAGUAAGAUUCAUUAUUCCUUUUGAUUUGAGAGAUUCUCUAUGCCUAUAAAAAGUAAUACAGUAUGUCUGCUGCCUAGAAAAGUAGUUUUGGAUAGAUAUAGAAUAGAAUAAGAAGUCUCUACUAAUUCAGUGCCUACUAAUUUUCUAAUUCAUUAUCAGCUUUGAUAGAGAGUUCGUCUUUAUAAAAAAAGCGAGUAACUUUGUAAAUAUAAUAGUUAAUAGCACUUAGCUUUUUUCACCUUCCCAGAAAGAAGGUAUACUGAUUGAUCUUUUAUGUUCAUGAAACAUCAUGAGUUUCAUGACUGCAGUUGUGAAACGCUGCUAUUUGUAAAUAGGUAGAACUAGAAGUAGUUUCUAGUCUUUACUAUAUGAUGUAGAUUAAUGUAGUAUAAAACAAGAUGACUUUCAACAAAAUACUAUGUACAUUUGAAAGUCUGAUUGGUAAGGAGCUAUCUUUGGUGACUUACUAAAAGCUGCAUUUUAGCUGUUUUGUCUUCUUAAACCUUUGAUAUCACCCUUUAGAAGAGUUGCUAAUAAUUUCUUAGAUUUCCUCUAUUUCCAUAUAUAUAUAUAUAUAUAACCAGAGCUCUGUUCUGGCUUAUGGUAGUGCUGAGGAUUGAACCUGGGACCUUUGGUGCUUCAAGUAUGAAAAUCUUUUAGCAUAACCACUAUGCUAUCUUCCAUCCCACUACCUUCUUUUUUUCUUAGCUAACAAUUAUAGAAAUUUCCCUAAAAGCUACAUACAAGGGGCUUGAUAAUCUAAAAAUCAAAUAAUCAGCCCCAGGAUCACAACAGAGUAUGUAUUUAAAAGGAUAGUUUUUUUCUCUUUCAUUGCUAAGUCACACAUUUGUGUGUGAAUUACAGUUAUUACACCUUUUUUAUAUUAUUCUAUUUGAACAGUUUUAAUGACCAAAGUUUCUGUGGGUAGAAUGCUUAGUCAAAGUAUUAAUAUCUUUAUAAUGUAAUUCUGCACUGCUAAUAUUUGUAUUUUAAAAAGUUACAUUAAACAUUCUUGGUAAUUCUUAUUCCUAGAAUUAAAUUCUCAUAGUACCACCAAACUGAGUUUAUGAAAUAGUUUUAAGAUUUUAGGGAAUAGGAGGUUUAAACAAUGUUUUAUUUCCAUAGUACCAGGGAGUCACUGACUUAAAGGAUAGACUAGUCAGCAUUCUCAGUACUCCAUGUAUUUGAGGAGUGGAGGUAAACUUGAGGGUAGCUGUAUACUUUUCACUUCUGAAUGUGUGCUAGAGAAGUCUCUUCUAAAACUCUUUUUUUAGAACUUUAAGUUACCAAAUUUAAAAGACUUGUAUUAUGAGUUGUAACAAAUAUGGGAAGAAAAAAAACUUUGUGCUAAGUGUAAAUAAACAGUUCACAUUAAUGCAGUGUAAUACUGUAGACCAGUUGUGUCAAAUAUUGUAAAUAUUAACUUUAAACAAAAAUAGAAAAAGAUUUUCAUUGUUGAAGUAUUAAAUCAGCAAAAAGCAGGGAAGGGAAGCCACCCAAGGAUAUGAUGUGAUAUACUUCCCUAAGCAAAGAAGGCUUCUUAAUAAUUAAUUGUUUUAAAUUAAGUGGUCCACUAACAUCUGGAUUUAUUUGGUUUCUACUACUGGGUGGUUGACCACAUCCCUCCAUAAUAAAGGGCCAGUAACAAGAUUAUCUUAUAGCCAACCUUGCUCUUUCCACAGAAAGAAAGUAAUACCUCAUUAACCUAGGAUUUGUGGUUAAUGUUUACUUUUUCACUAUGUAAGAAAAAGAGAAAACACUAAACAAAUAGUGAAAAUGAAGUUUGACCUUUUAGUAGUAGCUAUUUACACAAAAAAUUCUAAGUGUUAAGAUUCUUUGUAAGAAAAGCUAUCAGUUAUAAUGUAUAUAUGGUUAGUAAAGCUGCAUUUAUUUAAAACCUAGUUUUACCUAAAUGACUUUUUUUUUUUUUUCCCCCUCCAGAGUUAUUGCUCAGGCUCGGUGGUGCAGGAAUCCAUUGCUUGGGGGCCAUUUUUCCCAUUUUGUUGCCCUUGUUAUUAUUGUUAUAGCUGUUGUUGCUGUUGGAUAGGUCAGAGAGAAAUCCAGAGGGGAGGGGAAGACGAGGAGAGACAGACAGACACCAGCAGACCUGUUUCACCACUUGUGAAGUGACCCCCCUGCAGGUGGGGAGCUGAGGGCUCAAACCAGGAUCCUUAAGCUGGUCCUUGGGCUUCCUACUAUGUGGGCUUAACCCUCUAUGCUACCACCCAGCCCAUGACUCCUUUUCUUUAUCCAAAGUAGAGCUUUUUAUUAGAUCAGUAUAAAUAUCAUACCAUAUUUAGUCCACAAUAAUAAGCUUUUAAGUUGUGCUGAUGCUUAGCAAUAAAAGCCACUGUGUAGAUUUUUUGGGCAGUGAUCUUAAAGACAUGGUUUUGAUUCUGUGUAUAGAAAAAUAAAGUAGAUGUUCCUGGCAUUAAGCACUAUAAACAAACAUUAGUAUAAACAAUAGUCUGCAUUUAUAUCCAUCAUCUUUGUAUUUUCAUUAGUUAUCUUUUAAAAGUAGUGUUAUCUUCUAUUGUGCUCAAUGUGGAUGUGCCUUUAAAUCUUUUCACUCUCAACUUAAUAGUUUAAGGAACUGUUGUUUAAUAAGUUGUUUGUGACAGACUUGUGACCCUUUGUAGAGAGAAAAGCUGACUUUGAAAGACUCUUUAGUCUAAAGCAAGCCUAAGAGUUUAAGGCAGGCUGGGGUGGAUAGCAUAAUGGUUAUGCAAAGAGUUUGAGGCUUCAGGAGAGAGAAUCCUAGUCAUUUGUAUCAUUAGAAAAAGUCCAAGCCAUAAGGACAUAAGUACCCUGAAAUAGUAUCAGUGAAAAAGUACAUUUUAUGUUACUUUUAUCAAGAAAUUAUUAUAUAUUACAACUAAGUGACAACAGUGGUUCCUAAGCUACUUCAUGUUAAAGAGCAUCAUACAGAGAGAUUGCUGUGAGGCUUAGCAUAUUCCAUUGACUUUCUUUGUGAUAGUAUGUCAAAAGGGUGUUAUUUUAACUUUUUUGCAUGUAAAUAUCUACAUUUUUCUGUCUCCUUGGUUUGUAUUUGCUAAGAAUGUAAAACAAAACAACUCACUAACAAACACUACAGAUUAUUGAACAUUCACAGGGUAAUACUGAUUUGUGUGCUAAUAGAUUUUUACCCAGUAUUGGUCAAUCUUGAUUUAUUGUAGGUAACAGUAUUAAAUCUAAUAAUAAAAUUGUUUAGUAAUGAAGGUUACUUAUAUAUCAUCAUACAAAAAAAGCCAUGGUGGAGAGACUGAAUUUGCCAGAAUGUCCCUCAAUUGUGAAUAAAUUGUUUAAAAAAUGCUUUCUUCUGAUUCUGUUUAGGGGAAGAAACUGUAAGAUUGACAUUGCUAUUUGUACCACAAAAACACUGAUAAUAAAUUGGUUAAUACUUCUGUUUACAACUGAUAUUUUUAAGAAAUUCCUUUCACUAACUUAAAUGAUUGACAUUGAUAAGUAAUUGUGAAGGAAAAUUAACCUCAGUGGUCAUUUUAUAGCAGUCUUGGAGAGAUCUGUGUGAUUGCAACUUAGAUUAAAUGCCUUUCUUAGCCCACUUUGUAUUCAUGAAAAAAUUAAUAGAAAUAUCUUAAAUAACCAAUAUUUUAACUUUUUAUAAAUUUUGAGAUUUUAAAAAUAUCAACACAAGAUACUGAAAAUAGACUUUCACUUGGAUGAAAUUAUCACCUGAUUUCACUUUCUGUAUUAGAAAUCUAAAGAGUUCAGUGUAUCUGUAAGUAUAUGGAUAUUUUAAAUUUUAAUUUUAACAAGUGUGAUUCAGCAAUUAAAUUUUGAUUCAACAAUUAAAUCUUGUUUUAUGACAAGAUAGUGUACUGCAUUAAAUGUACAUGCUGUGCUAAUAAACAUUCUAAAGUGAAUGCACUACUUUAGUUCCAGCAGCUCCUUUCCCACCUCACCCUCCAGAACAUACAAAAGAAUAUGAUCUUGUAUUAACUGUGGAAUUAGCUCUGUGAAUUUUGCCUUAUCAAACAUGGUGCCUUAUUUUAUUAAAAGUGUUUUGUUGAGAUCUGA